AUGCGUUCAGCCAGUCUCUUUGCCGUGGCCACCCUCGGCGCCGUAGCCUCUGCCUACCAACUCCCCGCCAAUCUGAAGAAAAUCUAUGAUCAGCACAAGGCCGGGACAUGCUCCAAGAAACUUUCAGGAACCUUCAGCGGCGGCGCGGCCUACUGCGGAGAUCUCCCCAACGCCAUCUUCCUCAAGGGGAGCAGCGGCAACUAUGACAACAUGGACAUUGACUGCGACGGCGCCAACAACUCGGCCGGCGGCUGCGCAAACGACCCCAGUGGCCAGGGGCAGACGUCCUUCAAGGACACCGUCAAGACGUACGGAAUUCCCGAUCUCGAUGCCAACAUCCACCCGUACGUCGUCUUUGGAAACGAGGGCGCCAGCCCGUCCUUCAACCCGCAGAGCAAGGGGAUGAAGCCCCUUAGCAUUAUGGCCGUCGUGUGCAAUAACCAAUUGGUGCGAAGUAUCCCGGCUCCGUUUUAUGGCGUCUGGGGCGACACCAACGGAUUCACUUCGACCGGCGAGGCGUCGCUGGCCCUUGGCAAGCUCUGCUUCCCCAACGAGGGCCUUUCCGGCGACAAUGGCCACGAUCCCAAGGAUGUUCUCUACAUUGGCUUCACUGGAAGCGAUACCGUGCCUGGCAAGAGCGGUGCGAAUUGGAAGGCAAAGAAGACGACUGAGUUUGAGGAUAGCAUCAAGGCCCUGGGCGACAAGCUCGUCGCGAGCCUCUAG